CUGGUGUGCGCAUGCUCAGUGCGCACAGAGGUCACCCGUGCCGGUGUCUGCCCCACGUGCGUAGUGAACUAAGGGCAUCAUGAUUUAGAGAUGGGGGCUCGCGUGACCCGCGCCUUAAGGAACUUCAACGUGGAGAAGCGAGCGGAGCGGGAGAUCAGCAAGAGGAAACCCUCCAUGGCACCCAAGCACCCUUCUACCCGCGACCUCCUGCAGGAGCACCUGAGUCAGUAUCCAGAAAUCGAAGAAGUUGUUUCUAAAAAAGAUAACAAGCUGCUGUCAUUGCUAAGAGAUGUAUAUGUCGAUUCCAAAGAUCCGGUGCCUGCCUUGCCGGUAAAAGUUGAACCACGACAAGAACCAAAGGAAUUCAGACUGCCGAUAGGAAAUCACUUUGAUAAGAAUAUCACGGACAUUCCCAAAGACAGACUACUUGCCUCGAGAUUCCACGGGAAAAGAUGUGGAAGAUGAGAUGAAUGCAGCAUGGUGAUGGAGGGAGCCAGAUGGAACAGCAAAGAUGGGAGGUGACUGGAGAGUUUGUCAGCUUCUUCAUAUCUAGUUCCAGUGAAGAAACUAUCCCUACUUAUUUGUGAUUUAAUACAGGCGUUUAAGGGAACACACUAAUUCCAAUCAUUGCUGAUUAUGGUGGAAAGUGCCGUCACAACCAUCCUCCAUUCAUUCAAAAUGAAUAUGUGAAUCAGCAGUACUGACUCAGGUUUCCUGGGUGGCUCGCAGAUGUAAAUAUGGUUUCUUAACUGGUAUCACACAAUAAAAUUCUUCCAUUUUGCACAUUA